ACGAAAUAAAUCGUAAUGUUGCGAGAGAGUGUUUGGUGAAGCGAAUGAGGUUAAAUGGUUACCGGGAUUGUAGUGCCGUAGACGGGAUUUUCAGCGACCGAUAAUUUUCGUCGUUUCUCACUGCUUGAUAAAAUGUUUAUCUUGUUGAGGAUGCGAGCUGCCUCGAUUCAUAAUCGACGCGUCGUGUCAUCUACCGCGCAACAUCCAACACGAGUCUGCUCGUUUUGCAAUUUUCAUCAUCUCAAACCCCUCGAGUGUACGUAUAGUAGCACGUCAAUUAAAUCUAUUCGGCGUUACACAACGGAUACAGUGGAAUUGCAAGUUUCAUUGAAGAAAAAAGUUAAACGUCGUUCUAAGAAAUAUGCAGAGUUAUUAGAAGUAAAAAAUCAGGAAACCACCAACACAAAGGCGGCAGUGCGCAAAUUGAGCUCUGCUCACAUGUCCAUUUUGGCGGAUCAACCUGAUGUUACAUUGGAUAAUUUACACAAGAUUGCUAAUAUUCGCAAAAAGUCAGUUGUAACGCAACCAGGUAGUAAGAAAACUCAAAAGAAAAAGUCAGCUUACAUUAAAAAGGAGCUCGACCAUGUGCUUAAAGAAUCCAGUGAAUAUUUGAAUGAUGAAUCCGCCGUUGUGGAAGAACUGAAAGAAUCCGGCCUAAAUGACAGCACUACCUUGAUCAAAGGCUCCACGUAUCUGAAUGUACUGCAGGAGAUCGACAACGACGGUAACAAUGAAACUCACGAAAACGUGCUCACUCAAACAUCUCGGUACAACAAAGUGCAAAGUACUCAUGUCGCAAUCCCUUUCACAAUGGAGAAGGAUACGCUCGAGGAUUUUAUUUCCGAUCGGUAUUUAAAGUUUCAAUUAUUGGCUUACAUAGACGUCUACAUACAGUCAGGAAUGUCGCACAAAGCCUUGAACAUACUGACGCAGAAGAAGGCUCAGCUUAAGCGCGGUAAAGUUCUUAUAGCCGAGAUGUACAAUCUGCUUCUGGAUAGCUACGUCUCCCACGCUCAUCUCGAGAAAGCUUUUCACAUCUACAGAUUGAUGAAGACGGAUUCCGUUCAACCGAAUCCGCAGACGUAUGCUCUCAUGUUCGAGAUGAUCGCGAAAAUGAAAAACCGCGAGAAACAAAUGGAGGGUGUGACGGAAUUACUAACUGACAUGAACGCUAAAGGUAUUUCCGUUAACAAGAUGAUGGACGUAUCGCACAUGAACACGACGCAGCGCGACUUGAUUCUUCAGUUUAUCCGAGUCACGGAUCCGGAAUAUCACGUGCAAUACACGGACAUCGACACCGCGUAUAAGUGCAGAUUGUUGAAAAAUCUGACAGCGGACAGCAAUUAUCAGAGCCCGGCGAAAACGGUGGUGAGGAUGGAUGAGCUGCGAGACAUGAUGCGCAAACAAAUCGAUAUGGAGAAACAGUGCGAACUGGAAGUGUCGAACAUCGCACCUAUCACUUCACAUCCUGACGUUAGAAAACAUGCUAUCGAACGAAUUACGGAAUGGGAGAGACAUUGGAGAUCGGCUGUAACCGAAGCUUUCGAGAAGAACUUGUUUUAUCUGAAACAGAAGGAGUUCAGACAGGAAUCCGAAUGGAAGUUUCUUUAUCCGUUUCUGCGAGUGCUGCCCAAAGAGGAGUAUAUCAACGCGAUUUUGCGCGAGAUAAGACAAUUGGCUCAAUUCUCCGACACGUACAGUUCUUCGAUGCCGAAUCUUUAUACCAAGCUGGGAAACUAUAUUUACAAAAAGUAUGAGUUCCAGCGAAAGAAAAAGGCCGGUAUCACGAAGAACAAUCUGCAUAUCUACGAGAAGUAUUUGGAAUGGUAUUUACAAAUGAAUCCCGCUGACAGAACUGUUAACGGGCGUAUUAAGUGGCAACAGCUAAUUCAGGAAGCUAAGAGGAAGGGUAUGUACUCGGAAAUGAUGGUGCCGGAGUGGCCUCGCAACGUUACGCUGAACGUCGGCAAAUUUCUGUACAAUAUUAUUGUGAACGACGUUAAGAUCCCACACGUGUUCAAAGUAGACGGGCCCGAGCGACAGAUACCCGCGUUUUAUUUGCUCUUUAGAACCAAGGCCGGUAAUAUAUUGAGAGAGGAAAUUAAACCGCAUCCGCAUCUGCACAGACUCUACAAGGAAUCGCAUCCGGAAAUGUUAACUUUCGAGACAGUUCUGCUGCCGACGUUGUCUCCCCCGCGUCCCUGGACGAACAUAAAUUCCGGCGGCUACUUGUUCUCGAAAACGUCGUUCGUUCGUGAUCCUUACAUGACCCUGUCUUACUUGAUGAAGAACAUAUCGAACGUGCAAUUGUAUCCGGCGUUCGAUUGUCUGAACCAACUCGGUUCGAUUCCGUGGAAGAUCAACGAACCCAUGCUGGACAUUCUGAUUCAGAUUUUCCGAAACGGCGGCUCGGAGAAACUGAACGUACCUCAACCACCGUCCGCGCUGCCGUCUCUCGCCGAAUUAACGGCUAACAACACGGUGAAAGAUAAAAACAAAUUGUCGAAGCUUGCGCUCGAGCUCAGACGCAAGAAAAACGAGAUGUACUCGUUGUGGUGCGACUGUCUGUACAAACUGUCCAUCGCUAAUCAUUUCAGAGGCAAAGUGUUCUGGCUGCCGCAUAAUAUAGACUUCAGAGGUAGAGCGUAUCCGUUGCCGCCCCAUCUGACGCAUCUCACGUCGGACUUGGGUCGUUCCAUUCUGAUGUUUGCCGAAGAAAAGCCGCUGGGACCGGACGGAUUGGACUGGCUGAAGCUUCACACGAUAAACAUAACCGGAAUGAAAAAACGUGAGCCGUUGCACAAGCGGCUCGAGUUCGCAAACGAAAUUCUGGAUCUUAUUGUGGACAGCGCGAGGAACCCGUUGACAGGCGAAAUGUGGUGGACGAAGUCCGACGAGCCGUGGCAAACUCUGGCCGCGUGCAAAGAGAUCGACAACGCGCUGCGAUCGCCCGAUGUGGAGAAGUACAUGUCCAGCUUUCCGAUACAUCAGGACGGCAGUUGCAACGGGCUGCAGCAUUACGCCGCUCUCGGAAGAGAUCAAAUCGGCGCGGAGAGCGUGAACUUGUAUCCCUCAGACACGCCACAGGACGUGUACAGUGUCGUCGCCGGUAUAGUCGAUCAUUACAGACAGAUCGAUGCGGAGAACGGUGUUCAGAUAGCCAGGGUCUUGAAGGGACACAUAAGCAGAAAGGUCAUCAAGCAAACGGUAAUGACUACGGUGUACGGCGUGACAAAAUUUGGCGCGAAACUUCAAAUCGCCCGGCAAUUGAGCGAUCUGAAGAAUUUUGAUCAGAACUAUACGUGGAGCGGCAGUCUGUAUCUCGUCGACAAGACGUUUCAAGCUUUGCGAUCGAUGUUCACGAGCGCGAAGGAAAUUCAAGAUUGGUUCACAGAUUGUGCUCGCGUUAUCUCGACCAGGUGCAACCAGUACGUUCAAUGGGUGACGCCGCUGGGACUCCCGGUUCUGCAGCCCUAUUCCAAACGUACCAAGCCGACUAGUCAAAACCCCAAGACUAUCAAGAAACCGGAUACUUUAAAGCAGAAGAACGCCUUUCCACCGAAUUUUAUUCACUCGCUGGAUUCGAGUCACAUGAUGUUGACGAGCUUGCACUGCGAACAAGCGGGAAUAACGUUCAUGUCUGUGCACGAUUGCUUUUGGACGCAUCCGUGUACGGUGGAUAUCAUGAACAAAAUCUGUCGACAGCAAUUUAUCGCGCUUCACCGCGAACCUAUUCUCGAGGAUUUGUCCAAAUUUCUUUGCAAGAGAUACGAAAAACAUUUUACGGUCGUGAAGCAAAGAAACGACGAUCUAUCGAUAGAAGUUUUUAAGAAACUACCGAGGAAAGGUGAUUUCGACAUCAACGGAGUUUUGUCGUCGAAAUAUUUCUUCAGUUGAAAAACUGCUCACGUUCUCCAAUCAAAUCAUCCGAUAUUUUAUUUCUUUUUAUAAAACUGAAUAAAUUUUUGUUUUUUCCCAUUUUUUGCAACUUAACAAUAGACGGAAACAUACGGUAGCUUCUGCUUCAAGAAUGCUCGAAGCAAAGGUAUUUUGUCUGAUUUGUAAGUCUCGAAAAUAGCGUUAAAGUUCAGUUUAACUAUAUAUUUGGAGGAUGUUUUUCAGUCUUCAAAUGUAUAUUACG